AUGACGGCAUGCCCGAUGAAGACAACAUUGAAUGGAAUCGUCUCACAAAUUCUUUGUCCGACCACAAUCAUAGACAUAGACAAGAUGGAGUACGAUCCGAAAGUCCCGCCGUCGAGCACCGCCGACCCAACAUCAUUCGCCUACAUCUCUGCAAGAGAGCGAUGGCCGACGAUUCUGACGCAAGCGAUCGAUGAUGUGCAUAGAGCCACCGGCAAGGAAAGCGGCGAGAAGCUUGAAGAAGGCAAGAAGAUCACCAACGAUCUUGCCACGCUCAAGUAUGAGCUGCAGCACAAUCGGCAACUAAGCCUCCUACCCGAGGAUGGCGAUCCGGACAUCGAGGCAUACAACAAAGAGCUGGAGCAACGAGGCAACCCCAAGUGGCACGAUGUAGCAUGGCUCUAUGCCGAGUGCUACCUGUAUCGCCGCAUGGCGACACUGUUCCGCAAUUCGACCCACUGGAAGUCAUACGACGUCUUCUCGAAACAGAAGCUGUCCACUUUCCGCUCAUCUCGCCCUGCAGUGCUUGAGCUCGCAGCACGAUACAAUGACCUCACCAAGCAAUUGCAGUCCGAUCAGUCAGCUUUGGCCAACGCCUCUGAAGAAGAGCGAGCAGAGGCGGAGAAAGCACUCUUCAUCGAGAUGUGCGAGAUCUGCCUAUGGGGCAAUGCCACUGAUCUGUCUCUUCUCACCAACCUCAGCUACGACGACAUCCAGAAGUUGCAGGGCUCGAACGCUCGCAAGGCGAAUGAAGACAAGAUUCUCAUCAACAACUUCCCAGAGGCCUUUGCGACACUGAAGAAAGCUCAGCAGGCGGGUAACAAGGAGCGACGAGUGGACAUCGUACUUGACAACGCAGGCUUUGAAGUCUUCGUCGAUCUCAUCCUUGCUGGAUACCUCCUGCAAUCAGGACUCGCCACGCAUAUCGUGCUACACCCCAAGAACAUUCCAUGGUUCGUGUCCGACGUUAUACCAAAGGACUUUUCGGACCUGCUCAGUGUCUUGGUUGAUGCUAAGAAUUUCUACGAGACACCUUCAGAGGAUGACCAAGUAAGAGGCAAGACUCCACAACCGCUAUCCGACAAGGAGUCUCAAGACUUGCAAGCACUAUUCCAGAACUGGAGCACACUAUACGCUGAAGGCCAGAUUGUCCUGCGGCCGAACGUAUUUUGGACAGAAGGUGGAGGCUACUGGCGUCUGCCAAACACAGCGCCCAAGCUGUACGAAGAUCUCAAGGAAAGCGAGCUCGUCAUUUUCAAGGGCGAUCUCAACUACCGCAAGCUUACAGGCGAUGUGACGUGGGACCCUGCUACGCCGUGGACGGAGGCGCUGGGUCCGCUUGGCCCAUCGUCUGGUCUGCGUGUACUGGCGUUGCGCACUUGUAAAGCGGAUGUCGUGGUUGGACUGCCCAAGGGCAAGGACGAAGAGCUCAGAGCCAUGGAAGGCGGUGGCGGUGAUAGUGGUGCCCGAAAGUGGGCCUGGAGCGGCAAGUGGGCUGUUGUUAGCUUCUGCGAUGGCAAGGCUUGA